AGAGCGCGAGCGCGGCGCAUGCGUCCAGCGCGCCCGGCGCAUGCCCAGAAAGGGGAGCGAGCGAGGAGCUUCUGUGGUGCUGCUUUCCUCGCUCUCGGUCUUGUGUUUUGGGAGCGGCGGCCAUGAGCGGCUUCGGCGCUGGCGGAGCCCCGCUGAGGAGCGUCAGCAGCGAGACGCUGGAGAAAAUCGACAUGUCGCUGGGUGAGGGAGGCCGGUCAAGUGGGCGGCGGCGGCGGCGGGACGGGGGGGGGACAAAAUGGGGGCGGGGCUUGAGAGCGGGGAGCCGAGCGAGGGAUGCUCGGACCGAACCAUGUGUGCUCUCUUGGGAGGGGGGAGGAGGAGGAGAAGAGGGGGCCGAACCAAAGCGAGCAAAGAAGGGGGGAGGCAGUUGGGAGAGCCUAAGGAGUUAGGGACCGAACCUUGGGGGCCGCGGCAGGUGACGUGGGCGGGGCUGAGAGGCAGCGCCGGGGAAGAUCGGGGGAACCUCCUGCUGCAGGAGCAGAACCGGUAGCAUUGGUAUUUAUUGGUACCCUGCCUUUUCCUCCUGGCAGGGACUCCGGUAAAAAUAUAAGCAGCUUAAAAACCAGAAAAGCGAGUUGAGAAAAACGAUUGAACGUUAAUUGAAUAAUAAUAAUAAUAAUAAUUUAUUAUUUAUGCCCCGCCCAUCUGGCUGGGUCCCCCCCCAGCCACUCUGGGCGGCUUCCAACAAAACACUAAAAUACAAUAACCUAUUAAACGUUAAAAGCUUCCCUAAACAGGGCUGCCUUUAGAUGUCUUUUAAAGAAAAGAUAGCCGCUUAUUUCCUUCACAUCUGAAGGGAGGGAGUUCCACAGGGCAGACACCACUACCAAGAAGGCCCUCUGUCUGGUUCCCUGUAACCUCACUUCUCGCAAUGAGGGAACUGCCAGAAGGCCCUCGGAGCUGGACCUCAGUGUCCGGGGAGAGCGAUGGGGGUGGAGACGCUCCUUCAGGUAUGCAGGACCGAGGCCGUUUAGGGCUUUAUAGGUCAGCACAAACACUUUGAAUUGUGCUCAGAAACAUACUGGGAGCCAGUGUAGGUCUUUCAAGACCGGUGUUAUAUGGUCUUCGCAGCCGCUCCCAGUCACCAGUCUAGCUGCCGUAUUCUGGAUUAAUUGUAGUUUCCGGUUCACCUUCAAAGGUAGCCCCACAUAGAGCGCAUUGCAGUAGUCCAAACAAUAUACACUCAUAUAUCUGGUUAAAGUAGCUUCGGGUUGAGCGUUUUUGGGUUGAGCAGCGACCUGGAAGUAACAGAAUGCAUUACUUCCGGGUUUUGCCGCUUGCGCACUCAGUAUGACAUCAAGCGCUUGCACAGACGCGGCGAAUCGCAACCUGCGCAGAUGCGGGUUGCAUUCGCUUCAGGAUGCAAACGGGGCUCCGGAACGUAUCCUGUUCGCAUCCAGAGGUACCACUGUAUGUAUGUACCUCUGUGUAAUAAAUGAGAUCUAUUAAAAACACAAUGGAUGGUUACAAUAAAAACAGCACAGCACCAGCACUUUCAUGAAAAGCAGUCGGUUCCCCAAAGCCUGUUGAAACCAGAAGGUCUUCACCUGCUGGGAGGGAGCCAGUCUAGCUUCUCUAGGCAGGGAGUUCCAAAGUUGUUUGGGAGCAGCCACCCCUCUCCCAAGUCCCCACCAAGAGUGCCUGUGGGGGUGGCAGGAUGGAGAGAACGACCUCCCCCAAAGAUCUCAGAGCCUGGGGACUUUCGUAUGAGGAAAUGCACUUUCAUAGAAUUGAUGACCCCCAAGGGUCAUCUAGUCCAACCCUUUUGUAAUGCAGAAAUCUAAUAUUUAGAAUACUGUAAUAUGCUUUCGAAUAGGUUUCUGCUGCUGCUGCUAUGAGGAGGAGGAGGUAGAUUAGAAAGUGCCAUCUAUUGCUAUCAUUAGUACUAUUAAUUGCAUGUAUAUCCUACCUUUUCCUCCAAGAAGCUCAAAGUGGUGUACAUGGCUCUCUCCCCCCCACCUCUCCUAAUCCCCACAACAACCGCCAUGAGAGGUAGGUUGGGCUGAGAAGUCACCCACUGAGCUUGAUGGCCAAGCAAGCAUUUGAAUCUUGGUCUCCCAGGUCCUAGGCCAACAAGCUAACCACUGCUCCACACUGGCUUUCUACGUACGUGCCGCUGUUGAAAGUAUAAGACAGAUCUCUAUCAUCAGGCACUUAAAAUCUGUAAAUCAACACAGACAAGAGGAGGAGGAGAUGGUGCUGCGUGUAAGAAGAGAAUGUGCUUAUUUUGUAGCUGUGUGCUUAAGGGUGUGUGCCAAAGGCUUUGUGGCACAUAUAUUGUAUUUUUUAAUAUAGAUUUGUUUGUUUCUUGCCCAGUAAUUACUUAUUGAUGGGCAGCCCUUUAAACAUAAUAAAUAAGAAUAAUAAAAUCUGAGUGACAUUUGCUGGAGGGAGGAACUGGGUGAAGGCUGGCACCUUAAAUGCCCCAUUUGUAUGAUUAAUAAUUAUAGAUUUAUAGGCUUCCUGGAAACACCUGCUUGAAGCUUGUAGCCUGCACUUUAAAAUGUAAAGUCAAAACUGGGCCUGGAUAGAAAGAAGCAGCCAAUGAAAACGACGGAGUCUCUUAAAUUGCUGAUAGUAAUCAGGAAGCAAUUGAACUUCCUGGAUUGUCCUUAAAGGCAGACCCACAUAAAGAGCAUUAUAGCAGUCCAGCCUGGAAGAACCAGGGCAUGGAUAACUGAGGUCAGGUUUGAGUUCUCCAGUUAAGGCUGCUGCUGGGACAUCAGCCAAGUCUGAUUAAAAGCAUUCCUUGCUAUAAACCGCCUGGAUAUCCAACACUGUAUAUCUGCUUCUUCAAGGAACAGUAUCAACAACAUGAUGCCUGACCUUGGGUUGCAAGUCUCCUGACCAAGUACCUCCAAACUGAUGACUCCUUCGCCUUCAUAGACUCGCUUACUGUAACUAAUACAUAAGGGAUUAUCAAGCUUUUCCUGUGAGCAUAUUGGCAAACUGGAGAAACUGUCACAGGUACCACAUGGGCACAAACACACAUACACAUUGUAACCAAGCACACAGAACCCACAACAUGCUCCUUUGGCUGCAGUAGAAUUCUUCUUACAAGAGUAAUUCCAGCGGGAACAGGAAACCCUGUGGGUGCCAGGGAAGGCGAUCUGUGAUAUACUAUGUAUGUAUGUAUGUAUGUAUGUAUGAUACAACUGUAUAUUUUUGUAUAUAAUGAGAUAUCUCCAUUGACCAUCCUAACGGUAAAUCUUUUAAUGAUGCAUGCAAAUCUGCAGAUUUGUUGCUGUGAUUUUAUUAUUAUAUAUUAGGGGAGCUGCAUAAGUGCAUUGAGUUGAUGUUCCACCUCUGUUGACCUAGAACUAAAAGCAGAAGAUGCCUUUAAAAUACGGCAUCAUCGCUGGCUGUAGUGUCCUGUUCAACAAGUUGCUGACGUGUGAUUAUAUUCCAUCACGGCACAAUCUCCUGUUCUGCAGCAAGAAGCUGUGCAGGGUCAGACCAGUGUCCCUCUCACUUCAUAGGAUUACUUUGCUAAUGUCCAUAUCCUGGUUUUUCAGGAUGUGUUUCAUACUGUAAAGUGUGUUAACAGGAGGUGCAGGGUGGGGGUGGGGAUGCUGAAAGACACAUGGACUUGUGACACUUGCACCAGUGGGGACUUUUAGCUGACGUAGAACCAAGCACUGCCUUACAUGUGUAUCCAAACCCUCUGAAGUUUCUGAGUGCCUUCACAAAAAUUACACAAAAGAAUUUCUUAUAAAGCAUUAAAUGCGAUUUUUGUAAUAAAGUGCAGCAGCAUACAUUUAUAGUUCUAACACAACCACACUUCUCAGUUAAAGAAAUAGAGAGUUCUAUUCUAAAGGGGGAAUAGCUCUGAAAGUGGAGAUAGUUGCUGCUGAAAUGUUGUGUUUGUAGGUGAUAGAAGAGAUGGGACCCAGGCAUUGAGCUCAGCAGUCUAUGCAGUGAGUUCAGAUCUUUAUGAGUAAAAUAGGAUCACGGGCAUAGACCCUUCACCAAGCCUUGGUUCUGAAGUUUAAAGAUGUUCCUGGUGUGCGCAGAAUGGUUGCUCAGAGGAAGAGAGAGCAGAGGGGAAACUUCAGACAGCAUUGCAGAAGGUGCUCAGGGAGCCUGAACUUUAAUAAGUUUGUUUAGGUGAGUUGGCAUGGUGACCAAUGAGAAGGGGUCAAAAUGAGGGAAUGAGAGUGGAUAGGGUAAAAUUCAGGUAGGUGUGCUUGGUCAUAGGGGAGGAGUUUCCAGAGAAGAAGACCUCAGUAAUGUAAUAGGGAAGGUUCUGAUAAAAGGUGGGUUGGGACAUGUAAACAAGGAUGACUCAUCUGGAAGGUUUUCUUUGUGGAUGGUCUUCCUGAAUGGAUUUACCCAUCAAGGACAAUGACUAUGGCAACAGAUUCCUGAUGAGUGAUUCUGUCUUGCCUGCAGAUGUCUUGUGUGCAUCACCAGGGGUCCUUUACCUUUUUUACCUUUACAUUUCUAUAGAAUUUCUAGUUGAUGGAGGAAGCUUGCCCCUGAGCUACAUGUAGAGGCUUUUAUGUGCAAAAAGCCAGCCUUCUGGCCUUCUCAUUUACCUAUUAUUGCAUCCAGGCUUCUUGGUUCAUCACUCUGAACUUUCUGGAUCCUCAUGAUCUCGCUGGCAAGAAGGAUUUGCAUAGAUACAGUAAAUCAUUUUGUUAGAGAAGGCCAAGGCAGAAAGGUCAUUUCCAAUGGUCCUUCACUUUAGUCACACCCAUCUUAGGUUGACCACCAAACACAAACUGCAGGCUAGCAGCAAACGCAUCGUAAGAAGUGUCAUUGCUGUGUUUGAUUCCUUACUCCUCAAGACGAGUUAAUCUGAAAUUCUGCCCUUGUUACUUGGGUUGCUGUGUGUAGCAACAUCCGCUGGAAUCCUCCGUACCUUCUGAAACAAACUUUGUGCUGAUAGUAUACCAGUCAGAGGCUUCCUCCUGCGGUGUGAUAUGUUCAGCUGGUCUACAGUUUAGAGAGCAUGUGCGGUAGUGCAAAAUGACCUUAGUGAGAGAGCCAAUGAGUUCUCUUGGGAGAUGUGUAUUUGUCUUGGGGGCUGAGGGUGGAGCUAGUCUCCCUGAAUAUGAUUUUUUUUGCGGGAGGAUAUUUAUGGGGCAAGGAAAGUAUUGGCUUUGGGAGCAGUCAGGUUAUGUGUGCUUGCUAGCUUCAAAUUUGACUUAGAUGCAAAUUUGCUGAAUCCCCUCGGACAUGUUCGCUAGACUCUGUUCCUCUUUGCAGGAUUCUUGUAAGAAUGAUGCUGUUACACAGCAGUUUCACUGUAGAAGUGAUUGCAAUGAUGAUGCCGCUGCCUGAACUUUGGGAGUCAGUUUCUAAUUUUGAAGUUGAAUCAAAUGCAGGCUAACAAUGUGUUUAGGGAUGAAGUAAUGGUGCUGAAUGAAUUAUAGCAACUCUUGCGAAAAGAAAACUGGGGCAUUCUGAAUUACUGACAGAAUUCAUUAUCUUAGUGCUUGUAGGUGCAAUAUAUGUUCAGAGAUGUGGAAGGGCUCUUGGUUUAAAUUUUAAUGGCCAUGCUUUUGCAAAGAUUUUUAUUUAUUUGCUGUUAGAUUGCUGUCCUGCAACCUUCAGCACUUUCAAGGCAAAUGAGGAUUCAGAACGGCCUCAAAUGGAAGAAAUAUAAGAUUCUAUUGUGUCACCCUAUAGAUUCUGCAGUGUACGCCAUGUGUAAAUCUCAUGGGAUUGAAGCAGCCUUCUAAAAGGAGUUCAGUUUAUCACAAAUAUGUGAUAAAUGCAAUUUUCAGAGUGCUAUCUGGCUGUGUAGCACUCUGGGCGAUACACUGGGCUAAACUCACCUAACCCCAUUUUAAAAAGAGCAGGUGUGAAGAGCAGGGAUUACAAGACAUAUGAAGCAGCCUUUCAUUGUCAGGUUGCUGACUGUCUGGACCACACUUGACUGGCAACAGCUCUCAGGUCCUCAGAAGAGCAUCUUCCUCUACCUGUGAGAUGCCAGAGGUUGAACCUGGGAAUUUCUGCAUGCAAGGAGCGUGUGCCGUCUGUGGCCACUCCUCAGAUGGAGAGAUUGGGCUUUCCCACAAGCAUCAUACAUGGCAGUGGACGCUGCAUUGCAGCUAAACCUAAUUUUGUAUGUAUAGAAUCAUAGAAUAGUAGAGUUGGAAGGGACCACGAGAGUCAUCUAGCCUCACGCUCUACCGACUGAGCUAUUUGGCAGGGUUAAUGUAUGUAUAUAGCACCAUCUAUGCACAUGGCUCUACAGAGAAGGGUGGCAGACCCAGGCCCCUAUUGAAACAAGGGAGGGAGGCUGGCUGAAGACAAGGACUCAAUUAAUCCCAUUACAGUGGUGCCCCGCAAGACGAAUGCCUCGCAAGACGGAAAAACCGCUAGACGAAAGGGUUUUCCGUUUUGAAGUUGCUUCGCAGGACGAAUUCCCCUAUGGGCUUGCUUCGCAAGACGAAAAUAUCUUGCGAGUCUUGAGAUUUUUUUUUCGCUUUUCCCCCCCUUUAUCUAAUCUGCUAAGCCUUUAAUAGCCUUUAAUAGCCUUUUAGCAGCUAAUCCCCUAAGCCUUUAAGCCUUUAAUAGCCGCUAAACCACUAAUAGCGCUAAUAGCGCUAAUCCGUCAAUGGGCUUGCUUCGCAAGACGAAAAAACCGCUAGACGAAGACUCUCGCGGAACGGAUUAAUUUCGUCUUGCGAGGCACCACUGUACACAAUUCCAGAAAGGUUCUCAAUUCCAGAAAAGUUUCUAAAGGUUUACAAAUCUAUUCCGGGAGUUUACUUAACAAAUUUGAGAGUUUACUUAAGUGAAAACCUGAGGCUUUUUAAAAAUAACAAAUCAUGCAUGGGUUGCUGUUUUUGUCCCCCACAGUGAGAAGUGUUCAGUACUUAAAUUCUUGCUAUGUGUUUCGCAGAUGAUAUAAUUAAACUGAAUAAGAAAGAAGAGAGGAAGCAGUAUUCUCCCAGAAUGAAGAGGGGGCUUCAACAGGCUGGUAAGCGGCAAUUCCGGAUGAGGAGAACCAAAUGGGGAAUUCAGGAGUACACAGGUAGGUAGUUUUGCUUGCUUUUUUUCUGAAACACCGGGGACAUAUUUUGUAUCGGGACAGUAAAAUGUCAAGGUUGUUUGAGACCUGCCUUUUUUUAAAGGCAGGUGAUAAAUAACAUUUUCCUUAAUAUAUACUCAAAAGUAGAACAGCCUGUACAGGUUUAUGUGCUAAGUAUUACAUAAUGCAUUUUGCCCUUUUAAAAGAGUAAAGUACUUUUUGGAACAUUUUUACCCUGCCCCUCAGCCAAAGAGCCUUCUAGAGUGACUUACGCACCAUCAGUUAAAGCAAGACAGUCUCUUGCCUGCGGGCUUACAAUCUGCCCGACACAACACAAAACAAAAAAGGGAUGGUUAGGGAGGAGGAAAAAAGCAGACCCACGCACCAGUUUUUCAAGUUAAAUAGAAGUUAUUAAAAUGAUGAACUGGAUUAGAAACAGUGUGGGAUCAGGAGGACCCCGAUGGAGUUUGUCCUGUUGCUGAACUUUCGAAACGGCUCUGCCUCCUGUCCCCGUAUAAGAAUUGCGAUGCACUGUCAACCCAAGUUAUUUUUUUCAAUAUUUUUGAUACUUGCAGCAGCCAGCCAGAUGUUUUACAAAGGUUUACCGGCAAGACUUGAGACAUAAUCCUCCUUUGGUGUUAAGCCCCAGCAUCUGGUAUUGGGGAAUGGAAUCCCUUUGAUAAUGAAAGCUGUGUUUUUUGGUGGUGUUGCUAUGAGAUGUGGAUGGAGCUGUUCCCCUGUGUGCCAAUUUAUCCUCUUCAAGUAUCUUUGCUAGGGAGCCACAGACCUCUGUGGCAACGAUUUCCAUAUGCUGACUUGCUCCAGGAUAUGUGCCUGUGAUGCACACAAGUUUAGAUCUGCUAAGAAAACAAGGGUUUUUAUUAAUUUCCUCCCAGAUUUUUUUCUAAAAUAAAUAUGGAAAGGGAAUCCCUCCCCCAAAUAUAUUUUUAAAAUCUCUGCCGGUGUUCCUUCGCUAGUCUUGACCGAGGCAUGCUUACUUGCUUCUGUGCCACUGGCUCACUUUUUGUCUCCUAUUUAUGCCAUUUCAGGUUUUGGAAAGAACCGUUUAGGACGCAGAAAACGGGUGGCUGGAAAGAGGCCUCCCUAUGGAGUCAAAACCGGGCUAGCGGCAAGGAAAGCCUUGGGCUCUCACAAAGGCAUCAGCCCCCUCAACAGAUCGCCUCUCAGUGAAAAGGUAUGUGUGGGGGCUUUGGGGCGAAAACGUACCCAUCUUUUUUCUGGGCAGCAGUGUAAGAAUGCCUCUUCCUUGAGGUGGGAUCUGGUGGAGUUCCUCCCCUCUCAGCACCCCCUUUUCCGAGAGUGCAAGGCUUCAUCCAUGAAUGGAGCAGCUGCAUUGGGUCCCAUUCCAUGUAUUCCGCUCUCUUUCUAUGGGCAGAGGUGCUCUCACCUCCAGUAACACUCUGAGGCAAGUGACUACUCUUUCCAACUGAAAGUGUGUGGUUUGCACCAAACUAUGAUGGAGGUUUUUUCUGAGCCAAAGGAAAUCCAGAGGGGCAAAGGUGAGAGCCAGUUUCCUUGCCUGGAGGGGGGAGGGGAUCCACGCAUUGGGUGGUCCACUUGCUCUGCUGGCAGUAAGUUGUAAUUGGGAAGGGGCUAUCCGAGUGGGGCACUUCUCCCCAGAUUCACUUCCUGAUUAGACUGCAGGAAACCAGAGGGGUUCCCAGCCACACGUGGCACUGUAGGGGACCCCCAAGGUGGCUUAAAACAAUCAUAUGCCAAACAGCAAAACAAAUAACGUUAAAAAUCCAAUAGAAAGAAGGAAGAAAUGAAAAAUGCAAAGCAAAAGCAGGACACCCCCCCCCAAAUAAAACAACCCAGGCUGCUGUGUGGUCAGAAAGGCCCUGUGUUUUGUCCCCACUAAUUUCACCUCUGGUGGGCUAGAGUUGUUCUGACCCUUGCCCUGGCAGGUGGAGUUGGGGAGGCAGGACAUUUCUGUGUUCUCUAAGUUGUAGGCAACCAAUGAGUAAUAUGGCAAGCAUGAAUAGAUGGGCUAGAAAAAGCAAUAUUGUGCCCUAGCAAUUCUUUUGGACUAACUUACAAGGGUGACUUAAGCAUUACUUUCACUUUCCUCGGCUUUUGUGAGCUGUUGGAGAAUCGUUCACAUAGUAUGUGUCACGCGACACUUUUAUUUUUGGACUUUGACCAUCCCGUCCCGCACUUGUCAAGGAAGCUUAUGAAGUUUACAAAUAGUAAAAAGUCGCAGCCAAACCAACAUGCCUGGCAGCAGAUUAGUAGCAGAUGAUCUGCAGAUUGAGAUGCUAAAGCAGCUCUGCUGGCCAGAAGCAGAUUUUCGAAAGUCAGAUGAAACAAACUUCCGUACUUCACCCCAGUAUAGAGAAACAGCACAUUAAGUGGCUAAACAUAAAGGCACAAAGAUGCAUCGACUGCACUUCACCCCAUCCAAAACAGAAGAGACUUUUUGAGAAGUCCUAUAUCCAGAUGCCCAUUUGUUAUCUAUGAAAGGUGCCUUGCUCAAAAUAAUGAGGUUUCAGUGGCCCAGAUGGAGAGCCGAGAUGUCCUAAAUGCAACUGGAGAAAACUUCUAGCAGGCCUUAUGAAAUGUGUAUAUACACAUGAAGGGCCAUAGGUAUGUGUGGGGCAUAAGCAGUUCAGGCGCCACCACAGAGAAGGCUCUUUCUCUGGCCCCGAUCUGCUUAACAUCCACCAUACUUGGGACACAGAGAAAGACCCUCCUCUCAGAUAUUGGGGCAGGGGUAGGCUGGCAGGGAAGAAGGUGGCAUUUUUACGCUAACUUUAUUGCUCCUGUUUUAAGUUACCCCUCGUUCAGCUGCUCUGUUUGGAUAUUGCAGGGUUUUUAAAUUUAAUUGUGUUUGCGUUGUGAGCCAUCUCAAAGAAAGGUAGGGUAUAAAUAUAUUAAUGAAACAGAGAACCUGGUACCUUUCAGAUGUUGGAUUACAGCCCCAGCCAGCAUGGCAGAUAGAGUUUGAAACAAUCUGUAGUGCAUCAGGUGGCAGAGACAGUUUUUGGAUGAGAGUUAGCAUUUGUCCAUACUCCGAGUAGACCCGUUGCAGUCAGUGAACGUAAUUGCUCUACCCUAGUUGGGUAUCACACAGAGGCUGCAGUCCUAAUCCUGCACACCUGGGAGGAAGCACCAUUAAUUUAUACAGUGCUUGCUUCUGAGUGGACAUGGUUAGGAUUGUGCUAUUAGUUAAGCAGCUUCUGAACGUCUUGGGUUUUUUGCUGCAACAGACUAACACUGCUGGAAAUGUGUGUACCUAAUUUUUUAACGUCUCUCUUCCUGAAGAACAUACAGCGGGACUACUCGGUUUUGAAAAGGAAGACCACCGUCCAAAGACAAUCUGAGUUGCAGAGAAAGCAAGGAGCCAUUCUCAGGAGGCCUACUUUGUUAAACAGAAGGUGAGAGCCAUAUGCCGUUUGCAAAGGUCUUGUGGUUUGCUCUGCAUGUGCCUUGAGUGCUUUGCCUGCCUUUGCCACAAACUCUGACCGUGCUGCUUCCUUGCCUAGAAAAAUGGAGGCUGGCGAGUGGCAUGUGGGGAAAGGAGCAUUGCUUGCUCCAUCUGCUUUUGUUCCUGAUCCUCCCACCGCUGGCAUACAGCCCUUGGAAGGUUUCCUGGAACAUAACGCAUCCCAUCCCUGAUUUAGAUUGUGAUCUCCUUGGGGCACGGCACUUGCCUGUCCUGGUUGCGUCACCCUGUAACAUCGAUGGUGCUGACGAUUCUUUGUGGAUGUUUUACAGAACCAACGUACAGUCCCCUUCUGCCCGGAUCGGGAAUAAGCUCUACCAGCAGAAAGACGCACGCCAAGCCACUUUCCUUUUUAAGAGGGGCCUGAAGGUACUGUAGGAGGCAGAGCGAGAGUGGUGUUCUCUUCCCCUGCACCUCUCUCUUCGACAUAAUCUGACCAUCUGGAUAGAGUUUGAAGAAAACUUGGCUAAAGUUGUGUGUUUUAUAUAUAGCCAUGUUCUCCUUCAGAUGCUACUUUUCAUUAGAUCAUAAGGUUUCGGUCAUUGGCACUAAAAGAGUUGCAUACAUGCCUGUGUGCUAUUUGUCGUGACUGAGCCUUCCGACGGCUGUAUUAAAAGCAUCGGUGCAGGAAAAACUCGGCCAUGAGCUAGUUUGAUAGAGAGCAGAGGCCCUGUUCUCACUGAAUCAGGCAUCCAGCUCUGAUGAUAAUGCAGACAUACUUCUCCCCAGAGAUCGUGACUUGAUUUCUAUGCUUGUGUGAAGCCAGGCUAGGAAAUGCCUCUGUAGAAGCCUGUGUAAUUUAUAGGCCUGCAGACUCUACUUUUGUGGGUUCCCCAGCAGCCGCUGUUGUUCUGACCGAGUAAAGCUGUCUCCCAACAUCACAGAGGUGUGUUUAUUGAAGAAAUCCAUCCCAGAGCCUUCUUCAGCCUAAAGGCGUGAUGGAAUGCCAGAGAUGCAGUACCAGGACCAAACUUUCACACUCUUUGUGGAUGCAAACUUGGAGAGCGCAGGGCGUGCAUAGACACGGCUGGCAGUUUAACAAAAGUUCUGAGCCAAAAAAAGGGGUACAAAUUGGAGUACGUCUCGUUUCUGCAGUCGGCGAAAGACUCAGAGUUCUCUGGAACGCCAGAUAAGUUUGCAACCGGAGUGGCUGUUGAAGGGAGCACAAGUGGUUCUCAGCCUGCCCACUUGGAACAAAGCUGGAGAAUUGUAAAGUGAGGCAGGGGGUCACAUGCAGGGGAACGUGAGUGGUUUGAAGAGGCAGUUCAGGCAGGGAGAACGAAGGUGGGGAGGCUCAAAACAGUUUUGGGGCGGGAGAGCAUCUUAGGCAGUGAGUUACCAGACACACAGCUUAGCUACAUAUAGAUAAAGGUAAAGGGACCCCUGACCAUUAGGUCCAGUCGUGGCCGACUCUGGGGUUGCGGCGCUCAUCUCGCUUUACUGGCCGAGGGAGCCGGCGUACAGCUUCCGGGUCAUGUGGCCAGCAUGACUAAGCUGCUUCUGGCGAACCAGAACAGUGCAUAGAAACGCCGUUUACCUUCCCACUGGACUGGUACCUAUUUAUCUACUUGCACUUUGAUGUGCUUUCGAACUGCUAGGUUGGCAGGAGCAGGGACUGAGCAACGGGAGCUCACCCCGUCACGGGGAUUCGAACCACCGACCUUCUGAUUGGCAAGUCCUAGGUUCUGUGGUUUAACUCACAGCGCCACCCGUGUCCCCAUGCUACAUAUACAUGGCUGGAAAGAGCAAGAGGCAGGGAGGAAGCCAGUCCUGCUGGCUUGCAGAAGGUGGGACCCACAGUGGCUGAUGCUGGCCAGUUGGGCAUGUUGAUUUUUUCCAGCUUUCAAAUUCCAAAACUGAGGGGUGCUAAAAAGUUGUAACGUGACUUGGAAAUUUAAAAAAUAUUUUGGUUAAAUCAGUAUAUAGUCUUGUGUGGUAAGUAAAAUGUGUGUGAAAUUGCAUAGAAAUAAAUAAAAAUUAUUGCCAAGUACGGUACUUGCAGUUAUUUUAUGCAGUAGUAGUAGUAUUUAAGCGUUAUCUGAUAUUUUCAGAAGGUAAAUUUAAAUUUAUUUGUUUUUUCCAAGAGCAGUUUCUUGUACUUUUUAAUCAAACAUAGAUUUACCAAGCUAAAUGUUGUCCAAUCACAAAAUAAUAGCAAAUUUGAAUUCCUCACAAACAAAAACGUAUUUUUAAGAUCGCUCACCGAAGAAAUUAGCAAAAAUUAAGUUUCACCCCCUAAAAUGACAUGCCCUACUAGCCAGGUUUGGGGGCAGAGUGUAGAUGACACUUGAAGAAGCAGCAUUUCAGAAUGGGAUGGAGUGGAGGGGAAGGGAUCUCCCACCAGUUGACUGACUUUUGGGGUCCACUAAGCCUCUUUGAGUGUUCGUUCUGUAUCUGUAUGUUUUGCGUGUCGUUUUAUUUUGAAAUCUUUAUAUUGCACCUUUUGCUAUUUGUAUUCAAAAUGGCUAACAAAUUGGUUAAAUCCCAAUAAUAAUAAUAAUAAUUAAUAAAUAAUAAUAAUAAUAAAUAUAAAUUUUUAUUUAUACCCUGCCCUUCCCGGUUCAAAAACCAGGCCCAGGGCGGCUAACAACAAAUUUAAAACACUUAUUUAUAAAAGUAGCAUAAAAUACAGUAUAAAAAUGUGAAUAACAAUAAAAUUCAAAAUCACAAAAAAGAGACGUAACCCGUCAUGUCACAGUGCCAACAAGCUUCGUAAAUGCCUGUUUGUCAUGCAAAUCCCUUUAUGAAUCUCUGUAGAAACACUCACACCCAGAAACCCCAACCCUGUUGGAAUGUGUUGGUCAGAUUCCAGUGACCUAGACUAAGUCUAUAGUUGUCUCCUGAAUAAGUCUUCCCUCCCCACCAAAAAACAUCUUCAGCUUUCUCAUUUUCUCUACCGGUAUUUUCUUUCCUCCUCCGGCAGGUGCAGGCCCAAGUCCAUCCAGAAGAUGACCUAAGCGCCCAGGUCACAAACAGAACUCGCCCGUAAGUGUUCCAGUUUAUUUGGCAGAGCAGUUGUGGAGGCAGUAAUGCAUGUGUGUUGAGACUGUGGCUUUUUAGACCACCGUUGGCCCCUGCAACCAAAUAUUCAUGGGGCGUAUCGAGGGCACUGGAUGUCUGUCUGAUUUGGGAGGUGGCUUUGGGGUGUUGCUGAGCUGGGAGGCAGGAGCAGUGGCCUGCUGCAAUGGUGGCAGGGAGCUUCAGAAAGGGUGGGCUUCCAGUGUAAAUCAGGGAUGGUCUCAUAUUCUGAACACGCUGUCAUAAUAUGGUAUGUCACCAGUUCUGAAAAUGAAACUGUUGUAUGCCUGCCACUUGCUUUCCAAGUGGGGAAGGUUUUGUAGAUGUCCUCCGUACACUUUUACUUGGGAGCAGCCCCACUGAAUUUCUGAAGCAUGCAUAAGAUCAGACAGUAUGCUAAAAAAAGGUAAAGGACCCCUGACAGUCAAGUCCAGUCGCGAACGACUCUAGGGUUGCGGCGCUCAUCUUGCUUUACUGGCCGAGGGAGCCGACGUUUGUCCGCAGACAGUUUUUCCGGGUCAUGUGGCUAGCAUGACUAAGCUGCUUCUGGCAAAACCAGAGCAGCGCACGGAAACACCGUUUACCUUCCCGCCGGAGCGGUACCUAUUUAUCUACUUGCACUUUGACGUGCUUUCGAACUGCUAGGUUGGCAGGAGCAGGGACCGAGCAACGGGAGCUCAUUCUGUCGCGGGGAUUUGAACCACCGACCUUCUGAUCGGCAAGCCCUAGGCUCUGUGGUUUACACCACAGUGCCACCCGUGUCCCGCCCAGACAGUAUGCUACUCAUCCCCAAAUGUUGAAUGAAGGUUGGGACCGGGCUGCUGGCAGUGAGAAACAGAGCGUUUGUAAGGAGGAAACUUGGUUGGUUGGGCAUUGUAGAAAGCAGAGGUCUUUAAUGCCCUGUUUUCUUCUCUGACUGCUCUCGGAUCUGUAGAAUAUGUGCUGUAAGCAGCCCACAGCAGCUGGAGAGAACCAGCUAGAUGGGUGGGGAAUAAGAAUAAGAAUACCAGCAGUCCAGUGUUUAAUGGGCAGUUUUUUGCUCAGUAACUGGUAUGUAUCUGUUAACUAGAUGCCUCAUAUGCAUCCUUGUGGAGUAAUGUUAAGAAAUAAAAAAAUCAAUGCCAUUUUGAAAUCAGUAGUUUCAUUGUGCUUUGUGGUGUACAAGUGAGCAGGUCCCUGUCCCUAGGAGCUUACAAUCUAUCACUUGCCACAGGACAGGCACCAGAAGAAGAAGGGGAAGGAAGCAGGAGGCAGUUGUCAGUAGGUAGAGAACGUGGAAGGGGUUGUAUCAAACAGUGUUUCUUCUGAUGGCAGAAGAAGAAAAGGGAGGGAAGUAAUUUCAGUGAUGCACCAUCUGCUCUGGAAGAUCCCCCAAACCCGUAGAGCAGAUUUAUGGGGGGUGGGAAGCUGCAAGAGUUAGGGGGGAAAUCACAAAAAAAAUUGCUUUCUACCCCAUUCCACUGUUGAAAGCCUUACCAUAAGCUGAGCGGUGCCACCAAACUCAGCCUGAAGGUUUCUGAACUCCUGCUGAUCUUGACUACCAACCAGCCUCUUUCACUCAAAUGGUUGGUAGCUUAAAAUUGCAGUCUAAUUUGUUUUCUUAUAAAACAGGGGACUUUUUGCUGUGGCUACUUCUGCAUUCUGGAUGAAGCUACCUUCCUUAUUGGACUUGUUUGCUAAGAGGAAACAGGAGCUUCUUCCAGAAAAGGAGAGUCCCCAAGUGCUCUGAAGGAUGUGCACAUGCGUGUGUUUAGGGACAGCGGCCUCCCACACAGGAACAGACUGUGCAGAAUUGCAACCUUUUUGAAAGAAGUGUAAGAGCUCGCUGGACCAGGCCAGUGGCCCAUCUAGUCCAGCAUCCUGUUCUCACAGUGGCCAAGCAGAUGCCCCAAUGGGAAGCAUGCAAGUAGGAUCUGAGUACACACCCCGGCUUGUGAUUCACAGCAGCUGGCAUUCAGACGCAGGGGGCCUCCAACAGAGAAGGGAGAACAUAGUCAUCAUGGCUAGUCGCCAUCAUCAGCCUCAUAGCUGUCAACUUCUAGAUUUGAAAAUAAGGGACCAGCAGCCUUGAAAAUAAGGGAUCAGCAGCCAAAAUAAGGGAUUUUAGUCAACCAGCUGAAAUGCGAAGUUAAAAGGGACCAGAUAAUUUUGGAGAGCAGCGCCAGUUUUUAGCCCUUCGUUUCCAGAGGUUGCUGCUCAAGACACCAGCUGAUGAAACACUGCAAUUAAAUAACUACAAGCAGCAACCACUUUUCACGCAAAACGAAGUCUAAGCUACGAAGAUGCUGCUGCAGUUCUGUAUCUUUUCUCUCGUGCUCCAUCUGCAGCUCUCAGUUCCAUUGGGAGGAAGGGGGGGGGGAAUAGCGCCCAAAGUAAACCCGCAGAUCAGACCAUCUAUGCUAGUCUACCACUACAAAUCUAUGGGAGAAGCGCUUGUGGUCCUUCCUCCGCUUUCCCCCUCUAUGGUUAGCCCUUGGAACACCUGCCUGCGCCUCCGCCUCCUCCUCCUCCUCUGUCUGGACUGCUUUCUCUAUGGUUGCCCUCGCUCUCCUCUCAAGGCUCCUCAGUCCCAGCGGGGAGGGGCUCCCGGGGGCCGAAGCUGGUGAGAGGAGGCCAGAGGGGGGCGGGCCGGGCAGCCAAGCAACACAGUUGGAGCCUCCCUCCUCCCUGGCCGGCAGGGAGGGAGGGAGAGGAGCUGCUUCCUUUGAAACCUGGGAAAUUUAAGGGACAUCAUCAGUAAGGGACAGCAGUGGGACACGGCGCUGGGAUAAGGGAGUUUCUCGCCAAAUAAGGGACGGUUGACAGCUAUGCAGCCUUAUUGAAUUUGUCUAAUCCUUUUUAAAACCCAUUCUUUUGAAAAUCACUCUGCUUUUAGAAACUGGUGUCCUAGCAUUGGUGGUCUGGCUGUUGGGUAAGGAAAGCCCUACAUGCUAGGCCAGCUGUUGUCAAAUGUUGUCUCGAGGAGCAGCCUCGAGCAAAGGGAAACUGCUGAGCUCCUGAAAAGGGUGCCCGCAUCUGAGCCCAGGGUGGAUUGGUUGAGGCAACCAGGAAUGCAAGUAGCCUAUUAAAAAAGGCUGUUGCUUGUCUAAGUCUGACCUUUUGCACUAUCAAUGAAUUUAUCUAAAGUGGGAAUUUGAAGCAAACUUCCUGUACAGCUGGUCUUUUCAGAACACCCUUUAGCUCAGUCCUUGGGAACCUUUGGCCCUCCAGGUGUUGCUGAACUACAACUCCCAUCAUGCCCUGCUCAUUGGCCAUGCUGGUUGGGGCUGAUGGGAGUCCAGCAACAUUGGAGGGCCACAGAUUUCCUCAUCCUGCUUUACCUGGGAUCAUAAAGUUUACGUUAUGACCCAUAGUUAAAACAUCAGCUAGUGAGAAAUGAGUGCUUAUAUAGCUUAUGGAAACUGUUUUGAAUGAUUUUUGACCAUCUUCCACAUUAGGACUAUCCAGGUACAAGUUUAAAACUAGUUGUUCCUCCAAGCCUUUGGGUCUUUAAAGUUGAUGCUGAUUCUGGAGAUUAUUAUUUUAUGGCUCCGAUUUGUGCUUAUAGUAUGUGUAUAUUCAAUUUCGUGUAGUUUAUGUUAUGAGACACACUGUGUUCCUGUGUUGGAUGAAAGGCAGGAUAGAAAAACUAUGUAAUAUUAGAAGAGGAUUUACUGGGUCAACUGGGUCUUGUGCUUUCCCAAACAGAUGGCGAACAUCCACUACAAAUGGAGGGAUUUUGACUGUAUCCAUUGACAAUCCUGGCGCAGUCCCAUCCCCCAUGUGAGUAAAAUUAGCUUCAUCUUGCGCUGGAAUCUCCUGGUUGAUGGGAAUAGUGGUGGGAGCUAAGGAAAAGUACAUGGCUGGUGACAAACUGUGUUCAUCACCCAGUUCCACCCCCUUGCUUGAAGCAAUAGGUAGUGUUUGUCUCCUCUGCUUUUACAGUUUGGUGAAAAUCGACAUUUCCUUUGACCCUGUUCAGUGUGCCAUGUGUUUUUCCCACAGUUCUUUGAAGCCAAGGCUGACCAGCACUCCCGUGCCUCCCUUCCUCUUGAAGAAGGACCAGUCGGAAGAGAAGAAGAUUCCCAAAGGGGUCCCGCUGCAGUUUGAUAUCAACAGUGUCGGAAAGCAGGUUGGUUGCUUCCAGAUAAAAUGGGUGUUCAUUGUUGACAGUAAAACGGGCUCCAUGGGUUCUUUAUUGGACUUUGGAUCUUGCCGUGGAAUUGCAGAGCAGCCGAGUUCCUGUCUUGGACUGGCUGGAUGCAGAGAACUGGUGGGAAGCACCAUCCAUGGAGCUGGAUUGGAGUAAAAAACACUGUUCACUCACUUGGGAGCCCCUGGUUGGAGAGAGGCUGAACAAACUGCCAGUCAGGCCCUGCAGGGUCAAGAGGAGGAGACCAUUGGGCCUGUUUGGUUCUUCCAGAUAGUGACCCGAAGCAUAGGAAUGCGGUGUCUCCUCUGCUGCUUGCUGGGUUCUUCUUUGCGCUUUCUUGCAAGCAGUGUUAAAAACUGGGAUGGAAGAGCUAGAGGCCAAAUGGCUUCUAGGACCUGGGUUGUGGGCGCGAAAGCAGAACAUCUAGUCGCUACUGGGGGUUGGGGGCGUUGGCAACACUUUUUAUUAUUUUGAUAAGCAUGAACUAAUACAUAUGCAGUUCACAUAAGUGACACAUUGUUAAUAUCACAUUUUUAGCAGAAACGGUUAAUACAUGUUUAGUUUAGUGUUCACUAUAAAAAUAUUGGUACCAUACUUCAGUUUUCAAAACACUCUUCUCUUUAAUGUUAAACUCCUUAACAUAUUGUCUAUCCUUAACAUAAAUUUCGAGGUUUCAAAGCACAUACAUUUCAGUAAUCCUUGGGUGUCAGCCAGGCGCAAAAAACGGCACCCAGACUUUGGGAGGUGCUCGCAAACGGAGAAUCUUUAGGUGCAAAAUGUGCCUGGCGCCCUGCUAAUUUCGAACCCUGCUUGCGAGUGCUCCGAACACCUUCAGACUCUCCACACAAUUAGAACACUACUCUUUAAUUUCUGUUUUCUCACCUAACCCACCAACCCGUAUCUUCUCCAAGGUCCCCCACUGUAGUUGAAGCUUAGCACGUGUGUUAAAUGUGCUAGGGGAACUGGUUGAAAUAUUAACCAGGCACCAUAAUUUUGGCCUGCUUGAUGGGUGACUGCUGUACUGAUUUACGUCCUCCUUUGUUCACAGACAAACAUGACCCUCAACGAACGCUUUGGGAUCCUGAAGGAGCAGAGAACGGCUCUCUCCCAGAACAAAGGCAGCCGUUUCGUGACUGUGGGCUAGAGGGCCUGUUCAGGGGAACCCUAUCUUUUCUAAGGAACUGAACUAGCAGUGGGCCGAAAAAUAAGUUGGACUUUGUGUCAAGAUACUGAUAAACUGAAUUUUGUUUUUAAACGGCUUCUACUCUGAAUAGUUAAAAAGAGAACACCCUCACAUGAUAGUGGACCAUAAAAAGAGAAAAUUCAGUGUUGCUUGGAAAACAGCAUCCUGUUGGCUGGACUGCAAGGGUCCACAUAAGCUCCUGAAUGAGGGGGGGCAAAGCCAGUUGUUCUUAUUUUGGUUUCUUAAGCAGCCGACAGAGGUGGUGAGAGGUCAGUCUUUGCUCUACCCGCUCUUGCAAAGCUGUGUCAUUUCAUUUUGUGCCCCUGGCUGCCGAAAUUUGCUUAAAACGUUUGCAGCGGACAGCACUUGACUGCUGCUGCUGCUGCUGCUGGCCUUUCCGUUACUUUGGCUCACAGAUCUUUCUUUCACUCAAGCUCUGCAGUUCAUCUGGCACUAGAAGCUAAAUUGUUUGGCAUCCGAGGCAGCAAGUAAGAAUCCAGCUUUUCUUGGCGAUGAAAAGGCGUAGCGGUCAUUCUCGUCCCCUUAAGUGAUAGAACAAGGGCCUCACAUGAGGCCACAGCAAGAACCUAGUCCACAUCCUCGAGAAAGGACCAUACAGGGUGCAUACAAGCUAUUUCCCCCUCUCUUUUUUUUAAAGCUGUGAGUUUGCUUCAGAUAUUCAUCGGCUGAAACGAUGCUUUGAUGACCAUUCAAUGUUACCGGAUCAGUUAUUUGGGUUGUCGCUCUGUUGUGUUGUACAAAUGUGGCACUUUUGUGACUCGUAUACCUAGUGGCAGACCCACCAGGUGAGCAUUGUGAGGUUCAAGGCACCUUCCUGUUGCUUCAAGGGAUCAAAAGUGGUGGUGUCGCCAUACACACACACACACACACAAACUUCAUGUGCGCUGGAUUUUGAUUUCAACAUAAUUGCCUGUGAGGACAGCUCCUACUUCCUGGAUUUAAAAUGUCCAUAGUGGGUGUGUUGGGAGGCACACCUAGGUAAAAGGAGGCCAGGUUUGCUUAGUCUCAGAAACCUGAUAUAUGUAACUUGAUCUUUGUUUUUCUUUGACAUUUCUUUUAAAAAAUAGUUUAUUGUGGAGAUCAAAACAAAUAUUUGGCAGUAGCAAGGCUGCCUUUAGAGCAGUUUUUAUGUAGUCAUGCCUCCAUGACAAUUUAAUGUUCAUCAUCUUCUGUUUUUAAUUAUUUGAAAUACCUUCUAUACCUUUGCAAUGGGAAAAACUGGAAUAUUAAAGCUCCUCCUUUUGUGUUGUUGUUUUUUACUCGGUUAGUAGGGAUUCUGUUGAAGUCCAUUAGAAAUGAAGUAGAUAAAUAUGCUUAUGAUCAUCCUGUGUUUGGUUUCUACCAGGAUGUACUUAAAAAAAAAAACCUUUUGCAUCAAGAUGGAUGCAAAACAUUGAUGCAAUGCAUCUCAAGAGAGCUAGUUUGUAUUUAAGGAGAAUAUGCUUUAAACUCUACCUUUGGGUAUUUUUUUUUUUUUGGAGAAGUUAAUACAUUUGGAUCUAUUCUAAAGCUGUUGGACUUUUUAAAAAUAAAAGUGUUACAAGUUUGC